AUGUCCGGCCAGGAAGAAUUCUCCGACGUCAAAGUUGGUCCGGUUGAUCGGAGAAGCGGUUAUGAUUACAAAACUGGCAUCUUCCACUCACUGAUCCAACUCACCGAGUCAUUCAACAUACCAACUCGACAUGACCUUGGUACAGCGGAGUUUGUGCUUUCGCAGUUUCCAAGCCCGGGUUAUGCCGAGUCAAAGGUUGCACUUAUUGACUCGGUCACGGGAAACCGAGUCACCUACUCGCAACUCAUGCACUCCGUUCGUUCCCUUUCUAUCGGUUUGUACCAUGCGCUCGGUAUAAGAAAAGGCGACGUUGUUUUUGUCCUCUCCCCAAAUUGUCUAAUUUACCCUACCAUAUGUUUAGCGGUACUCUCCCUCGGGGCUGUUCUGACCACCGCAAAUCCACUUAACACCGAGUCGGAAAUCGCCAAACAGGUAAGUGACUCAGAAGCAAAACUCGGUAUCGCUUCACCCGACGAGCUUUCUAAACUAAUCUCGUCGGGUUUACCUACGCUCGUCACUACAAAAUCAGCCUCUCUCUCGGUCGAGGACUUGAUCGAGUGUUGCGACUCGACGGAUCUCGAGUUACCCUUAUGUGAGUUGACUCAGUCGGACUCGGCCGCGGUAUUAUACUCAUCGGGAACUACGGGAGUGAGCAAAGGCGUAGUAUUAACCCAUGGAAACUUCAUAUCCGUGAUUACACUUCUCAAAUGGUCCGUAUACGCGUCCUCUUCCGAAAACGACAUAUUCUUAUGCUUAAUACCAAUGUUCCAUAUCUACGGCUUAGCAUUCUUCGCCCUCGGCCUCUUCUGCUCUCAUAUCACGACGGUAAUAAUGCAAAAGUUCGAUCUCGUGGCCAUGAUUGACGCGGUUAAGACCUACCGAGUUGGAAACAUCGCAGCCGUACCCCCGGUUAUUCUAGGGUUGGUGAAGAACCCUCACGCGACUGCCUCGAGUUUAUCCUCGUUGAGAAGGAUGGGAACCGGUGCGGCUCCUAUGAGUAAAGAGGUGGCCGAUGGAUUUAGAAGGCAGUUCCCUUGGAUUGAACUACGACAAGGGUACGGGCUAACGGAAAGCACGGGGGCGGCUUCAUUUAUGGUAGCGGAUGAGGAUGCUAAGGCUCGUCAAGGAUCGUCGGGGAGACUUGUGCCGACGUUUAGUGCGAAAGUUGUUGAUAUGGAGACGGGAAAUGUUUUGGCGCCUUAUGGGAAGGGAGAGUUGUGGUUGAGAGGACCGGCGAUUAUGAAAGGGUAUUUGAAUAAUGAGGCGGCAUCGCAUGCAACGGUGGACUCAGAUGGGUGGUUAAAGACGGGAGAUCUUUGUUAUUUUGAUGAGGAUGGAUUUGUUUAUAUUGUUGAUCGGAUUAAGGAACUUAUCAAGCAUAAUGGAUAUCAGGUGGCACCAGCAGAAUUGGAAUCUUUAUUAGUGAGCCAUCCUGAGAUUCUUGAUGCUGCAGUUAUACCAUUUAAAGAUGAGGAAUCAGGGGAGAUACCAAUGGCCUAUGUUGUUAGAACCGGAGAUUCUAAGAUAACCGAAGAUCAAAUCAUCCAAUUUGUCGCCACCCAAGUGGCUCCUUAUAAGAAGAUAAGAAGAGUGAGCUUCACAACCGCCAUUCCAAGAUCCACGGCUGGAAAAAUCUUGAGGAAGGAACUCGUCGCUCACUCCCAACAACUUAUGAGUUCCAAGCUCUAA